UUCUCUCGUGCUGUCUUGCAAGCAUGGAGCUGCCUGGUGAGCGCGUAUCUGCUCCCGCAGCUUCGUCGUCUUCUGGGGAUCGCUCGCAGGUCACGGUGUCCAGGGAGCUGCUGACCGCGGGGAGCUCGGGUUCGCGAGGUAUCUGGGACCAGUUGCUCAUCAGCUCUAAUAAGCCCCAGCCCAGGAAGACCUCUACUGUUCAAACAGUUCGGAUGCAGAGGAGCCCUUUGUUAGACCAAGUGCAGGCGUUCCUCCCACAGCUGGCCCAGGCCAAUGAAAAGCUUCGGAAGGAAAUGGCAGUUGCUCCAGCGGAUCGCUUCGAUAUUGAAAACACCGAGGGGACAUCCGGGAACAUCGUACAGAUGGAUGUGGCCUUAUUUGAGAUGAACCGGUCAGAUUCAAAGGAAGAGGACAGCUCAGAAGAGAGCUCUUAUGACAGCUCCGCGGACAGCUCAGAGUCCGAAGAUGAAGACUGCACCUCUUCCGAAGUCACUGUGGACAACAUAAAGCUUCCGAGUGCAGAAGGUGGCAGAGGCAAGAUUGAAGUGUUAGACAGUCCGGCAAGUAAAAACAAGAAGCAGUGAGGUAGAGGGACGGAGAGAGGCAGGAGGCACACCUGCGACCUGUGGGGAGGGUGGCCCCCAGGGUCCUGGGCUUCAAGGUCCCUUUGGCGCCUUAUCAGUCAAAAAGGAAAAUUCACAAAUUUGGGGGUGUUGUACAUAGAAAGUGUUCAGACUGCAGGGAGGGUCGUGCCCUUGGAAACUGAGAAGGGAAAUAUGGAAGAAAGACUGGAUUGGCUACAUGGAGAUAUUUGCCCAAGUUGGCAUGGUCUGAACUGUGAGGUCUGGGACUCAUUGAAGCUCAUUCAUGCUAAAAUCAGGGUAUUGGUUACAAAAUUCCCACUUCCAAAUUAGAGUCUGGUUUGUUUGUGUACCAAGGCAGGUUACAGUUUGUUAUAUAGGAACCAGGUUAUAUAGGAACUAGAGAUUAGCCCAGGAUAAUGGCCCCCUGCCACUGAAUGUGUUUUUAUUUUAUUCACAAAAACCAAAGCUGCCUUUUAAAGUUCUGAAAUGGAUAGCAUGUGAUUGACAUCCUGUGAGGGUAGACUGACCUUUGCUCUUGCCGUGAAGAGGUUUAGUGUUUACAAAUAACCUGCUAUAUCACUGUGUAUGUGUUGGUGUAUGAAUUCAUGUAAACAUUGUCUUCGAACUGUAAUGGUGCCGCAGCCUAAAGAAUGACUCCAGUUCUCCUGUGGCUUGGAUAGCUGUUCUGACUCAGUGGUAUUGAUUUAUGAGGACUAGUGCCCAAGGUGAGAGAGAGGAGGAGGUACCCCCCUCCCAGGAGGCUACUUGAGUAUAGGACCAGGCCCCGGCUACCUGGAGGGCAUAGCAACAGUGCUCACCUACCUAGGUAGCUUGGCUUUCUGUGUGCUGAUGCCUCCUCUGACCCUGGGUCUCUAGUUGGUCCUCUGGCAGCUGCUGCUCCUCCACAGUAAGGACAGGCAGGUUAGGGCAUCAGCCCUGAACCCAGUCGUCCCCCUCCCUCCCCAGCUCUUGGCGCCUUCAUGCAUCUUCCUCUCUCAUCCCUGAGCCUUAGAGAUACUAUUUCCCCUGAGAACUGAGCCAUUGGGCUGCUGUACCAAACCAGGAGCAGACAAUUGUGGAGCCUUCCUCCAAAAGCUAUCCAGGCUGUCAGAAGGGCACACACUCCUGAGCCAGUGGUCAAAAGCAUCCUGCAUGACCCAAGUAUUGUGUCUUAAUUGGGUUCUCUGUUAUCCAGUGACUGCACACAUCCUGACCACAGCUGUGUGGUGUUUUCCAUUUACCAGAUUUUUAGACUGAAGAGACAUCUGAUGGGUGUAGUUCUGAGUUUGGUAAUAAGCUUAGCCAGGGCUUUGCUUAUAUUGCCAGCAUAGGGCCCCUGCUUAGGGACUGGGUAUUCCUGUGACAGAUAAUGGCUUCACACCUUAGUGAGUGCUAAGCUGCAGAGCCACAGCACAGGCGUAAAAGAGUAAAGCGUUCUUUUUUACCAUGUACAGGAGAACAGAGAUUGUAUAGUUUUCAAACUGGACAUGCUUCCCAACAAACGCUGGACUCUGUAUUUGGGAAGCUUGUGCAUAAUUACAAAGGGAAGGCGUGUUGGAGGCUGAUGCAUUUCCCUCUGCGUACUUGGUUACAGUUAUAUCUCAGAGAGGAAAGGUGGCAGGAACAUCCUUAGGGAUCGCCUAUGUUGUAAAGACAGGUGAGGAAGGUUCUCUAGAACUCGGCAGCGGUCAGCGGCUGACCUGGGAUAACUAGGUUAUAGGAGGUGGCUGACAGCUCAGAGAGGGCCUAGGAGUGGCUCUAGGUGUGUCCCCUCGCAUUUGAAUAGAAAGCCCCACACAGGGCUGCUGUUCGUUUACCUAGUGCCCUUUUGCAGCUUGAAGGAGGCAGCCACUAUGCACCCACCGGAAGUAGUGUCUCACUCCUUCUGGGCACUGUGGAUCGGAAUCAUAUAAUGCCCAUUUCGGUCCAGUUUCAUGAUGCCCAGAAAGAAGCGUGUUCCAUGGCACACCUACCUGACUAGAGAGUCCGUCAUGUGUGCAGUAGUCGGUUUGUCGUCACCAUGGUUUGUAGUGGUUGCCGCCCGGUGCAAGAAGAGGCAGCUACAGUCUGACUGCAGUGCACAAAUACUCAGAGGAUAAUUGUCUUAGUUUACUUUCCUAUUUCUGUGAAGAGACGCCGUCACCAAGGCAAUUUGUAAAACCGAGGGUUCGGUUGGUUUCUUCCCGGCCGUUUCAGAGGGUGAGUGUGUGACCCUCGUGGGGAGGGUGGCGGGCAAGUUCUGUAGCAGCACAUCUCUUACCCAAGCUGGAGGCAGAGAAUGAGACUGGGCCUGGCUGAGCUUUCGAAACUUGGAAGCGCACCCCUAGUGACACACCUUUUCCAAGAAGCCCCACCUCCUAAUCUUUCUUACUAAGGUCCACCAACUAGGACCGUUGUCUCUUGAACUGACACGACACGAUAAUUGGGUACGUGUUCAGCAAAGCGGUGGCCGUCUCUGGAUGUACAUUUCUGUUCCUGACCUAACGAGCGUUCUAACAGGGAGGGGCCUGGACAUAUAACUGGAAGAUGGUUGACUGUACCUGUGCUGAUGCCACCACAGCUGAACCUGCUGUUACCUGUGUAACAAGCAGGUAAUGGGGUUUUUGGGGUCCACAGCCAAUGAAGCUGUAUGGCCUGAACAGUGCCGCCCCCUGAUGCUGACGGCUAACCACUGGGGAUGCAGUGUAUCCUGGUUUAGUCUCAGGUUGGUGUUCUAGUCUCCUGAAGGCAGAUCCUAUAUUGUCAUUAGCAGUGGGUAGAUAACCAACCCCUUCUCUCAAGUUACACACCCAGGUCUAGUGUGGGAACCUCUGGGAUCCAUCUCCCUGGCAAGCAACAGCUAGGAAGGUAGACCACCUCUGACAUUGGAGUUUUUACUAACAGCCUUGUGGUUGCUGGAAGCACCAUUUAUGCACAGGUGGUGUCUUUAUUGAAAUGUCGGCUGCCAUUUACGCAUUUGUGCCAUUUCUGCAAUCUGAUUCUGUGACACUUUAGAGACUUGGCAAAAAGCCUCCAACAUCCCCUGUUGGAUAUGCUGAUUUUACUCUCAGUGAAGUGCACCCUGCUGGACCCACCUGCUUCAGGCUUUCCCUCUUGGCUAGCGGUUGCUCCAGUAUUGUGGAUAUGGGCUUAACACCCUGUCUGCCAGUGAAAUGAAGCCCACUGAAACUGUUGAGGGGGGUAGGCCUUAGGGACCCGUUCUCGAAGGAAAACAUCAGGGCACUAGGCACACAGUCAUUCAGACUGUCUGGCAAGAGUAAGUUCAUGCAAAGCUUCGGAGGGAAAGGGGUUAUGUUGGGAGUAGAUGGGGCGUUGGGGUGCUGAUGAUCAGGAUGGAUUGUUUACGUGUAUGAAAUUAUCAAAAAAUGAAUAAAUUACAUUUCUUAAAAAUUGUUUAAA